AUGGGUCAAGUUAACUCCACUGAGGCUCACUCAAGCAGCCGGCCCACCAUCGUCGACCCCAUCCCGGCGCCUACUCCUCAGUCUUCCUCAUUAUCGUCAAUCCCCUCGGUCGAAGACAUGCGUAAUCUGACCAGCCGAAUCCUCGCCUCGACCAACGAUGCCCUCAAGAACCUGCGUGAGAAUAUUCCUGCAAUCGAAUUGCCCGCAUCCCUGUCUUCUUCAACUUCGACCUCGGCCGGAUCUGACGCUGCUCACGAGGCUGGUAUGGCUGCAGCGGCAACGACGGAUGGUCUAGGUCUGGCCUCGGGCACCAACCCGGUCAUGGUCAUGACCUCUUCGAACGACCAACCCCCCAUCCUCGUCUAUCGGUCCUUUGGCGCCAGCGACAGGGACAACAGCGCCUCGGUCAAAGAGUUGAUCAAGCUCCACUACUAUCUCUCGGUCGAGUGGGUCAAGGAAAACCCGAUGCAGGCUGCAAUGGGUGCGGUGGCUUUGGGAGCUGCCCUGGUCGCGGGAUCCAUGGCAGUCAACGGUAUCCAAGCCCAUCGUCAGAAGCAACGACAACUCCGCGUGUUGAGGGGAAAGGGCGAUGCCAAGCGCGAGGUCAUUGUUGUGACGAGUGUGUCAACUCUUGAAGGCGCUUCGUUGGCUCUUUCGUUGGACCAGGAAGGGUUUGUAAUCUUUGUGGGUGUGCCUAACCAGACUCGGGCCGAUGAGGUUGAGCAGUGGGGUCGGGCAGACAUCCGCCCAGUUAUUGUUGAUGAGGCCAAGGCCAACCCGUUCGAGGAACUCGUGAGGGCCGUCUCUAGCUUCCUGGACCAGAACAACAGCGGCCUCCUCGGCAUCAGCCCGCUCUCGUCAUCAUCCUCAGUCAUCUACCAGGAAGAGCUCUCCUCCUCCACCGCCAACAUCCGCCUCGUCAACCCCGAGCACUCUCUCAAGUCUGUCAGCGAAGCGGAAUCCAAGCGUCGCCAUCACGGCAAGACCGACACCCCACUUUUCCGCCUUGCGGCUGUGAUUAUCAACCAGCACUCUAGCCCUACUGGUUCUAUCGAGAAGGUUGAUAUGGAUCUCUGGCGCCAGGCUGUCAAUACCAACAUCACUGGAGCCGUCAUUGCUGCCCAAACGUUCAUGCCUCUGAUGAGACGCACAUUGGCACUGGCAAAGCCAAGACGUUCACCCCGCCUCAUCUUUGUCUCCUCCGCGAUUACAGGCAGCAUCGGAUUUCCAUUCCAGUCUGCCAUUUGUGCCAGCCACCAUGCUGUUGAAUCCAUUGCAGACUCAUUGAGACGCGAAGUCAAGUCCCAGGGCAUCGAUGUUGUCUGUCUCCGCCCCGGAAUCGCCGACCGCUCCUUCCGUAAAGAAUGGGGCAAGAAAUCCAGCAAGGCAAGCGUGGGAGGUUUGGGAUUACUCAACACCAUGGACCCGACAAAGAUCCUCAGGACAACCUUCAAGUCCGAGUCGACCACCGCAGCUCUCUGCGACGCGACUUAUGAUGCUAUCACUAAAAACAAACCCGCGGCAUGUGUUCGUGUCGGCAGUGGCAGUCUCUCGUACUCGUUUGUCGGUUGGGUGGUCCCCCGGUCGAUUGUCGAUUGGUCUCUCCAGGGUAAGCCCGUCAAGAUCUACGCCUCCUCCACCGUCAAGGUCUCAAAUUCCACCACCAAUGUCCGCGAGGAGUAA